UUGUUAGUCAAACAGGAGAGUUUGAGCUAUACUACCUCUCCACUACUAUAAACUAGUCUGUUUAAACCUUAAACUGGAUUAACGUUGUCCAUGGCCGUCGUCUUUGAAACCUAAAAUUACGUGCAAUUUUAGUGUAAUUUCGUGGGUUCAUAAAUUUUAUCCAUGGAACUUGACAAUGCAAUGGACGAAGAAGAGUUAAAUAAAAAGGGUACCUGGGUGCCGGUGACUCCAGCAAAACAAAGCUCCACCUCCAUCAACAAUGGAAUUGAUUCUCAUCUGGGCUUAGCCAAAACUGCUCAAUUUUCUCAAAAUUUUCAAACCCCACAUGCAAUGGCCUCAGAGAAAGAGAUUCGUGGGUCUGAUCGUGGAAUUGGGAACUUGAACAGUGUGUAUUCUGGGAGCGACCAUGAUUUUGCUGGUUUACAUGGAACAUCUGCUAAAGCUACAUCAGAGUGCAAAAUUGGUGAAAUAUCAGGCAGUGAGUACAACAGGCCAUAUAAAGAAAAAAUAAAUGUUGGUGCACGUGGCGAGUCCCAAAAUGAAAAUGCACAAACCGCUUUUGGGAUAGAUUCUACUGUAACUUCAACUAUACCAGAAAACCGAAGUUCUAAAAAAAGGGGCAAUAGUGGCAUAGAUUUGGACGAGAAGCCAAGGAAGAGACAGAAAAUGAAAAGACACAGGCCUAAAAUAUGGGACGAAAGUAAACCUAGAAAGACUCCCAAGUCUCGAAUUGAGCCGUCAACUCCUAAACCUAAAACUCCAAGGCGUAGGAUUCCUACAUCAAGUACACAUAAAACGUAUGUGAGUAAAGAUAGCUGCAAAGUUGAUGCCUCAGUACACGCUGAUGGACAAGCAGCCAAUAGAAGUUCUGUAUGCGGUGAGAAACCAUGCAAAAGAGUACUACGCUUCAAUUUGGAAAACCAUGUAAUAAAUCAAAAGGAUGUCAAGGAAGCUGCUAUUUUCACAGAUGAGCACAAUCAUUAUGAAAGCAAGGAUGAUGAAUUCCUGGGAUUUUCUACGCAAAAUUUCAAUAAGCAAGCAAUCUAUCCAAAUUCCAAUUGUGCUAAAAAAUCUUGCAUCAUCAUAGCGAAUGAGAAGUCAAAAAUCCAGACUAGAGAUUCUUUGGGGGCAAUGAAUAGACAAGCAGCUAAUCUAAAUACUGAAUGUGGGAGCUCAUGCAAGGAAUCACUGAAUUUUGCCUUUUCAUGGCCCCUUGUGGAUGGCAAUGGUGAACCAAAUAUUGUCUAUGCCUAUCAUCGGAGAAAUAAAAGUUUGAGUACAUUCUUGUGCAAGCUAGAUUCCAACUUAAAUUUGGAACCCCAAGAUUUUGAUAACUGCUUUGGACUCGGAAAUAUUGUCCAUGAAUAUAAUAAAAGCAGAGAGAAGAGGUUACACAAGUCUGCAUACAGCAGGGAAACGAAUGCCAAUUUAGAAACUGAGAAUCAGAAUAUGUGUGACGAGAUGAAAAUUGAACCCGAGGUAGAGUCAUUGCAAGUUUAUCGGAGAAUACUCAAACCAAAUGAAUGUCUGAAGAACAGCAGAAAGUUAGGACCAAACUGUCCGAGAAUAUACAAGCAAACAAGAACGCAACGGCGAAAGGUAACUACAUCCGGUGCUUUCUGGAAUGCGAAGACAGCGGAUCAAUGUCAAAGGUCUAAGAAAGGCGUGACCUUGAGUUAUGGUGCUUAUAAAACAACGAAGAAAACAAGGAAGCAAAGUAAUUCUCGACGAUUGACACAAAAAGAAGCACCGGAAAGGGAUAAAUGCGCGAAAAGGUCUUCCGAAUCUGCAAUCAGCAAGUGUAAUUUUCCAGAACAACUUGGGCACCAAGGCACGAUCCUACAGAAUGGAAAACAGAAGAGAAAAACAAAGAAAGUUCCAGAAUCUUUUAAAUGUGUGUUGAACUUCUGUCUAAAUUGGGGACAUAGAAGGAAAAGAUCUAAGAGAUUAAAUCAAAGAAGAAAACUUGCAUCCUCUGUUGUACCUUUCGUCAUGGCUAGGCAGAUCAAGGCUGUUGUACAUCCAGAAUUUCUCGGAUACCUUCCUGUUGUGGCUAUGUCUUACCAUGACAAUAUUCGGCAAUGUCCUUCACAAUGCAAAAAUGGCUUAAUUCAAAUUCCGGUGGGGUACCAAAAACAAGAGGACGUCAUGCUCAAAAAGGUGCAAUAUCAAGAAAAUGUGGCUCUCCACUUUGGAGGCAGGCAUCAAGUACCAAAGUGUGUUUUGCCAAUCAAAUAUGACAAUGCACGUAUGCAAGCUGUACUUGAAUCUGUUAUUCACUGCCUUGAGUGUCUACAAAUUAGUAACGAAUGCAACCAACUUGUGGUUCAAGACAAAAAAAUCCAUGGAGAACUUAUUCCUUACAAGAGGAAAUGUGAUCCUUUGAAGACACGCAAACCACCAGCAAAGGUUGAUUUUGACAAACAGACACUAAUAGCUUGGAAGCAACUGAUGGAGAAUGAUGGAAGUGGAGCUACUGAAGAAGUGGAGAAAGAUUCAGUGAAAUGGUGGGAAGACGUUCGAAAAAUGUAUCGUGAACGAGUGAAUUCAUUAAUUGCCCGCAUGCAUCUUAUUCAAGGGGAUAGACGUUUUUCACGAUGGAAGGGGACAAUAGUUGACUCGAUAAUUGGAGUUUUCCUAACUCAAAAUGUAACCGACUGUUCAUCGAGUAGUGCCUUUAUGUCUCUUGUUGCAAGUUUUCCCCCUGUGCUUAAAGACACUAAUUGCAAAGAGAAUAUUGUAUGCGGACAAAAAUCAAUUGGAAGUAUUAUAAAAGAACCAGUAAUAGCCGAAAAUAAAGAGGAAGCAUAUGUCUAUCCAACUGAGCAAGAUAUGGGUUAUCAAUAUGCAGAAAUUAGAGAGAGCCAUAUUUGCUCCACAAGAGAGACUGUGCUAGGUUCAAUGGAAGAUGAAGUCAUUGUCAAAGAUGCAGUUCAGGGUUUUCCAGAUGCUUCUUGUGAUCAAAAUUUAACAAAUAUUUCUGCAUCUUGCUCCACUGAUAAAUCUACUACUUACAGGAAGCAUCUGAAAUUGGAGGAAAUAAAUAAUCUGAAACAAUUUUAUGGCCAUCAGGAGGGAAAAAUAUCAUGCCAAGAAAAUUUUGAAGAGUUACAGGGCAAGAAAGAUAUGUUUAGCUCAGACACACCUAGUCUGAAUGGUACCCAUGCAUUGCAUUCGAGUGCAUCCUUUCCCCAGUUUGAUGAUAAUUUGAAUUUUGUACAUCACCUUGGAUAUUCUAGAGAUGGAAGAAUGAAAAAAUUAAGUGAUAUAAACAAUCUUGAUCACAGAAAUUAUUUUGAAAGCGAGACUGUAAUUCUGGUAGAGGAUACACAGAGAAUUCAAGACCCGAUAAUUGCUGAAAUGUCAUCAUCAAGCAAAUUAGAUGAAUAUCACAAUGGGAAUAAAAUGCUUUCCAGGUCAGAAUCUACUUCAGGAAGAAAGAAAGGAAAAGUUGAGCCAGAAACCCCAGUUGACUGGGAUGAGUUGAGGAAAACCUAUUCUGAUGGUAGAUCGAGAGAUACUACAGGACCCACUGAUUCUGCUAACUGGGAGGCUGUUAGAGAGGCACCAGUUAAAGAGGUUGCCAAAGUUAUCGAGGCUCGGGGAAUGAAUAAUAUACUUGCUGGUCGAAUAAAGGAUUUCCUCGAUCGCAUAGUAAAAGAUCAUGGAAGUAUUGACCUAGAAUGGCUAAGAAAUGUUCCACCUGAGAAAGCAAGGGAGUACUUAUUGAGCAUACCAGGACUUGGCUUGAAGAGUGUAGAGUGUGUGCGGCUCUUGACACUUCAUCACGUUGCUUUCCCAGUUGACACCAAUGUUGGUCGAAUUGUGGUGCGUCUCGGGUGGGUCCCUCUGCAGCCAUUACCUGAGGAUGUUCAAAUACAUCUUCUAAACCAGUACCCUAUGGUUGAUGCCAUCCAAAAGUACUUGUGGCCACGCCUCUGUACUCUUGAUCAGCAAACAUUGUAUGAAUUACAUUAUCAGCUAAUUACUUUUGGAAAGGUUUUCUGCACAAAGAAAAAGCCUAAUUGUAAUGCCUGUCCGAUGAGAGGAGAGUGCAGGCACUUUGCAAGCGCAUUUGCAAGUGCUAGGCUUCGACUUCCGGGGCCAGAAGAGAAAAAUUUAAUAAUAUCAGAGGCUCCAGUUCCAGUUGGUCAAGACCCUGUGAUGCAAAGGAGUCCAAAACUGCUGCCUGUUUCUGAUGGUGAUUUCUCAGAAUUAAGGUAUGAAUAUCACAAUUGUGAACCGAUCAUCGAAGUUCCAGCAUCCCCUGAGCCCAGUUCAAGUGAAACACUCGUAAGAGACAUUGAAGACUUUGGCUAUGAGUCAGAAGAUGAAAUUCCUACCAUCAGACUUAAUGCUGAAUGGUUCAAAGAAAAUGUACUGAAUUUCUUAGAGAAAACAAGUUUCUUACACCCAGAGACUGAUGUUUCGAAAGCACUGAUAGCUAUAAGUCCUGAAGCUGCUUCAAUUCCAAUGCCAAAAGUAAGAGAAGUUCACCGAUUAAGGACAGUGCACCAAGUCUAUGAGCUUCCAGAUUCACACCCUAUUUUGGCAGAGUUUGAAAAACGAGAAGCUGAUGAUCCAUGUCCAUACCUUCUUAGAAUAUGGACGACAGAUGAAAUGGCGAGUUCUUCUCAACAAUCAGGAAAAAUGGGCGACGCCCUAGAUGCAACACCAUGCGAAAGAAGUGCAUGCAUUUCCGUAAAUAUGGAUCAAGAACAAAAUGACAAGACAGUCAAAGGAACAAUUUUGAUUCCAUGCCGAACAGCUACUAGAGGAACCUUCCCUCUUAAUGGAACAUACUUUCAGGUUAAUGAGGUAUUUGCUGACCACCAAACCACUCGAUGCCCUAUUGCUGUUCCAAGAGAAUCGAUUUGGGAACUACCAAGGCGAUCAUUAUAUUGUGGCACAGGUGCAACAUCAAUUUUUAAAGGCAUGUCAACUGAAAAAAUCCAACAUUGCUUCUGGAGAGGUUUUGUUUGUGUUAGAGGAGUCGACAGGGUUACUAGGGAUGCCAGACCACUUUCCGUCAAAUUCCACCCUCACAACAGUAAGACUAAACAUGCAGACGACGAGUAGUAAGCAAAAAUGACGUCUUUCGGUAGGUAAAAUAAAAAAAAAUUGGUAAUGGCUAGAAAUAAAAUUAGGAGUGGACUAUCGUUUGAAAGAUGAGAGUCCAAGAAGUACAGUUAUUUGUUUUUUCUUUAAUUUAUCGUUUACAGGCACAGAAUCAUUAUUAUGAAAAACUAUAUAUGCCCUUUUUUUAUA